AAGGAAAAGGAAAAAGAAGAGGAAAAGACAGAGGAAAAGCAGCAGCAGAAGAAGGAGGAAGAAAAAGGGAAGAAGAAGGAGAAAGGGAAGAAUAAAGGAAAGAAGGAAGGAAAAGGUCAAAGUGAAGAGCAAACAAAAGCACCGAUUGCUGCUCCAGAGCCUGAGCUUAAAACUGAGCCAGAGGCUGAACAGGCUCCCGAUCAGCACUCGAUAAGCAGCGCUGAGACACAGCAGCCAGCCCAAGGGGAGCAAAAGGACGAAGCUGCGAAAAAGAAAGAGCCCGAAGCAGCGGAAGAAGUGAAGGAGGGAGACAAAGAGAAACAAGAGGAGGAACCAGCUGAAGAGGAGAAAGAAGCCAAGGGAGAAAAGAAAAAAGAGACAAAGAAAGAAAAGCCUGUGAAAGAGAAGAAGACAGAGAAGACGACUGAAGAUACUAAAGGCUCCAAACGUCAGAAAACCAUGCAAUGCAAAGUCACCUUACUGGAUGACACUCAGUUUGAGUGUGAGCUGGAUAAACAUGCUAAAGGCCAAGAGCUUAUAAUGAAGGUGUGCGACCAUGUCAACCUUCUGGAGAAAGAUUACUUUGGCCUCGCUAACUGGGAGACCCCAACAAGCAAGACAUGGUUGGAAGCCACCAAAGAGAUCAGGAAACAGGUUCCAGGUGCUGUUUAUGAGUUUACAUUCAAUGUGAAGUUCUACCCCCCUGAUCCCGCGCAGCUUACAGAGGACCUCACCAGGUACUUUCUAUGUCUCCAGCUGAGGAAGGACAUCAUGCGUGGUGUUCUUCCCUGUUCUUUUGUCACGCUGUCUUUGCUGGGCUCCUACACAGCGCAGUCAGAGCUUGGCGAGUACGACCCAGAAACGCAUGGACCAGACUAUGUUAAGGAUCUGAGCCUGGCUCCUGGACAGAGCAAAGAGCUGGAGGAGAAGGUGAUGGAGCUGCAUCGCACAUACAGGUCAAUGAGUCCAGCACAAGCAGACAUGUUGUUUCUGGAAAAUGCCAAGAAGCUCGCUAUGUAUGGAGUUGACCUGCAUCAGGCCAAGGAUCUGGAUGGUGUGGACAUCACAUUGGGGGUUUGCUCUAGUGGUCUGAUGGUUUACAAGGACAAACUGAGGAUCAACCGCUUCCCAUGGCCGAAAGUACUCAAGAUCUCCUACAAACGCAGCAGCUUCUUUAUCAAGAUCAGGCCAUCAGAGCAAGAACAGUAUGAAAGCACAAUCGGCUUUAAACUGCCAAACUACAAAGCCUCAAAGAAGCUGUGGAAAGUUUGUGUUGAACACCAUACCUUCUUCAGGGUUCCCACAGUAGAGCCCCCAUCAUCACGUCGCUUCCUCGUCUUGGGAUCUAAGUUCCGGUACAGCGGGCGCACACAAGCCCAGACCCGCCAGGCCAGUGCUAUGAUUGACCGCCCUGCCCCUCGCUUCACUCGCUCUGCCAGCAAGAGGCUGUCCCGUAACCUAGACGGAGCUGGAGAUGAAACUCUCCAGCUCCUGCAACAACUCUCAGCAUCAGUCGGGACUGAGGUGGAUGAUUGGUCGCUGAUACUGACAUCUGAUCAACCCAAGCCUUCUCCUGAACUUUCAGCUGGAGGGGAGUGGGAGCAGACUUCUACUCAGUCCUGGGAGGAGGAUCGGUCUGUUCAUACUGUCAGAGUGUCACAACAGGACACUGAAGCCGACUUUCAGACCAUCACUGAGACAGAGCAGUUCACUGAGGAGCAACAAGGGUGGAGAAAUGAAGACUUGUGGUCUGCCGUGCUCAGUCGGCAACCUCCUUUCCCCUUUGUCCCGCCCUUUGAUUUUGUGAAACAGCCAGCUAAGCUCAGCUUGGCUAAAAGGAGCUCUAUUGACAGACUACUGCAGCCACAAAGGACACAGCAAGAUGACUGGUACAUUCACUUUGAUCGACUCUUCAGUCUUUUGUCCUUUGAGUCUGACGAAAAACAAUUCUCUCCCCCAGCUCAGCUGGAGCUCCAGGAUUACGAUGAGCAGGUCACCUCUGAAUCAGAGGAACUGACCAAAGAGGAGACCGUGAUGAGGCUGCAGGAAAUGGUGUUGUUGGUAGAUAAGCUGGCAGAGAGGGACGUCUUGGAAAAGAAGCUUAGAGAAGUGAAAUAUUUAGAAGAAAGACUUCAGGAAGUGGAUGAGAUGGCAGAGGCACUUCAGGAGGUGUUAGAGGAGGAAUUAGGUAAGGAAGAGGUGGAAAAGUUAAGAGAGGAGUUUACAGAAUCAGAGCAGAAGGGACAAAUGCAAGCCAAAGGUGUUACAAAAACAGUGGUCAAAAAAAUAAUGAGGAGAAUAGAGGAAGAAAAAGAGGACGAAGAGGAUGAACUGGAAGAGCAGAUAAAGGAGGUGUUUUUGAAGGGCUUGUUACCUGAGGAGGAAGAGGCUGAAGUGAAGGAGGAGACUACAAUAGAGGUCAUAGAGGAGAGUCAGACAGAUGAUGACUUGAUGGAGAAGCUGCGUCAGACAGAAAAUGACUGGAAGAAAGAAGUGGAGGACAGGAUGUCAGACGUCGCAGGUACCAGCUCUGUUGUAAGUUACCAGAGGGUGGAGCGUAAGACAAAGAAGAGGGUGACUAUUGUGGAGGACAGGGAGGAGAAGCAGGAUGGCAUGGAUGGUGUGAUGUCAGAGGAGAGGCUAGAGAAAGAGACAUCAGUACGUAAGAUAGAAAUACAGGAGACAACAGAAAGGAGAGUCACAGAGAAGCUGCAGGCUGCUAGUGGACGUGAGGAGGCCAGUGAGGAUGUUUGGUUCGUUCUUUUUGACCGCCUACCUUACACAGCUGUUGUCAAACGUCCAGUAGUUGUGACCGUGGAACAAACUCAAGAACAUGAAGGCGAGUAUUUCACUUCAGCAACAGAGAUUACAACCCUUGCAGAGAAAACUGAGAUUACAAUUCUUGGGGAGAAAACUGAGAUUUCAACCUUUGAGAAGAAAACAGAGAUUGUUGUAGAAGAAAAGAAAGUUAAAGAGGACGAAAUAUGGCGCACAGCAGAGAUCCCUCCUCCACAGAUGACCAUAGAAAAAGACGAUGACUGGUUUGUGGUGCUGGAUGUUGUUCCUAGAGUAACUCCUUACAUACCACCAGUUACAGUGAAAGAACAGGAUGAGUUGCACACAGAAAGUUUUGUCCCUGUGGUCCGAACUUCAGCCAUAGAGGAGAUUAGAGAAGUGGUGUCUGAAGAGAGACAGAUAACAGAAGAGGCACCAAGACAUCCACAAGUAAUCUCACCACAGGCAGUGACAGACAGAGAUGAUGGCUGGUUUGUGUUGCUGGAUGUCAUUCCCAAAGAAACGUCGUAUGUUCCACCAGUCGCUGUUGCAGGACAUGUUGAAGUGUCUCAAAAAGAACAUGCCUCUCUGGUUGAAAUAACAUCCACUGAACAGAGAGAAAAAAGAUUAGACGUUGUGACAGAAGAAAUAAAACAAAUGCAAAGUGAAACGCAAGUAGUAGCACUGCCACAGGGUGUAAGACAGUUUGAUGAUGACUGGUUUGUGCUGCUGGAGCGUCUUCCUAGAGAAACAUCAUAUGUGCCACCAGUUACAGCAGCACAGUACAUUCCGAUUUAUCCUGAAGAGAGCACUUCCAUCACAUCUGAAAUAAUCAUAGUAGAGCCCACAAAGACACUCGUAGUUGAAGAAACUUUGGUGCUGAAAGAGGAUGUGAAGAUUUCCAAGCAAAUCAUUCCAGAGCAGGCAAUCUCAGUCAGAGAAAUAGAUGAUGAAUGGUUUCUUCUGCUGGAUGUUGUUUCCAAAGAAACUGCUUAUGUGCCUCCAGCAGUUUCUCUGGCAGCACCGAGCCAAAUCUAUCCAAGUGUUGAGCCUCAAAUUGAAGUGAUAAGCAAAGAGCAGAAAUUUCAGCAGGUUGAGUUUGAACAGAUUAAACUGCAGCCUUCACAGCCGCUGCCAGAGAGAGACGAUGACUGGUUUGUGCUGUUUGAUGCUGUUCGUGAAAAGGCAGUCAUAGCACCACCAGUAACACCAGUAAAGAUUUAUCCGGAUAUGAGGGAGCCGCUAAAGGUAGAGGUGAAAACCACAGAGACCACAACAUGGGAGAAGAUGAUAAUUGGUGUGGAGAGCAGGCAGGAUGAGACACGUCUGUCAAAAAUUAAAGUGAUCCAAACUGGACUGCCGUUAGAGAGAGAAGGAGGAGACGAUUGGUUCAUUCUGUUCGACAUCAUCCGUGAAAAGCCUGUUUACAUACCGCCAGUUGCUGCGGUUGAGCGUUUUGUGGAUGUGGUAACACCAAAAUUCUCUAUGGAAGAAGUGAAGCCCGCUGUUAAGUUGGUGGAGAUUGAACCAGUUCAACCAAGACAGCUGGAUGAUGACUGGUUUGUGCUGCUGGAUGUUGCAGAGAAAACAUCAGUGGCUGUGGAUGAACGCCUUCGUAUUCAUUCUGAAGUCAGACCAGCUACAAUGAUACCAAUCAAGGAGCAAAGAGUACAGAGAGUUACAAUAGUGGAGGAGAGAUGGCAGCAGGAGAGAGUGAAGCAGCAGAAACCACGUCCAGCAGUGAGAGAGGUGGAGGAUGACUGGUAUAUUCUACUGGAUGUGGCCGCUAAGAAAUCCGUCCCCAUCCCUGGCCGAUUCCAGUUCCCAGCAGAGACGAGAGCUCCAACUCCUGCUGCAGUUAAAACACGGACUGUUAUUUCUGAGAUGAGGCCACAGUUUGAGGAAUGGGUCCUGGAUGAAAGACGUCCUGUUACAAUGGUGAUCACACAGAGGGGCACCCGUCCCGUCAGUGCUCCGGUCUUCUCCCAGGCUGCCCUGGCAGAGGCAGGCAUCCCAAUGGCCCCUCUAGAUCAGCCCCAGACCUCCACUCCCAUUAAGACUGGCCGCAUGGAGGAGAGAAAACUGGAAGUCACCGUAGAAGCUGUGGAGCCCUCGAAAAUUGAGACUGUGGUUGAGGUCAAGCCAGCAGUUUGGAGAAAUCAGAGAGAAGUAGACUCUACACUGAUAACCACCAUCAAUGGGGAUAUUCAGCACGAGUCUGAAGCCAUGAACACGGAGGUGGUGAGAAUGCGAAAGAAAAGAGCUAAGAAAAUUGAGGGUGACUCAAUUUAUGUCAGACAUAGCCUUUUAAUGUUGGAGGAGUUUGAUAAGCCUCAGGAGGACCUGCUCAGGCAUCAUGCCAGCAUCAGCGAGCUGAAGAGGAACUUCAUGGAGUCCGUUCCGGAGCAGCGGCCAAGUGAAUGGGACAAGCGCCUGUCCACACACUCUCCUUUCCGCACCUUGGGGAUCAAUGGUCAGCCUCUGCCUAGUGCAGAUGGGAAUAUGAGCGUUAGUCUUCCUUGCAAUGGUUCGGAGACAAAGAUGGAAACCAUCAUCAACGAGAGUUUGACACACAAACAGAUCCCUACUCUAAGCCAUCAAAGUGACCCCAAUAGUGCUGAACUUCUUGGUGCUUCUGCAGAGGAAGAGUCAUGUGAUCAGGAGGAGUUUGUAGUUUUUGAGACCUCCUUGCUGCCAAUCGUAGAGGUGGAGAUGGUGCAGCUGCCUCCCUCCCCUGACCCCUGCUGUAGAGCUUUAGAUGAGACCCGGGAGGAAGACGGAUCAAAUACAGAAGCGCCCGAGGACUUUGGGAGGAUAGUUGGAUCUUCCCAAGCUUCUUAUUUCAGGAGCGAUGGUCCACAAGUCGUACGCUGCUUCAAGCCCCCUCUGGUGCAGACCCAGACAGUCACCAUCACAGCAGUGUCCAACUCCUUAUCCAGUGGCAUCUCCACCACAGAGGUCCCUGUCGUCCCCACCAAGACCUUCAUCUAUGAGACGGCAAAGGAGCCAGAUGAUGGGACAGAAGACAAAGACAGCACAACCACAUCGAGCUCCAAGACCAUUACCUCAGAGACCACCAGUGGCACCUCAGUCACCACAACUACCACUCACAUUUCAAAGGUAGUAAAGAGUGGAUCUUCGGAGACUCGUGUGGAGAAGAGAAUCGUCAUUACUGCAGAUGCUGACAUGGACCAAGAAAAGGAGAAAGCUGACGGGGCGUCUGCGUUGUAACUGAACCAUCUGCAUCUGUCUCUUUAAACCUCUGACUGCAUCGGAGCGCAGCGCUCAUCACACAGUGACCAGCUCUACACGCACACAUAUCCAAAAAGAAUUAUCUCAUAAUCCUCACCUCAACUUAUGGAUAACUGAGUAGAACAAUCUUAGUAGAUCCUCUGUGUUUUCAUGUGUUAUCUUUCUUUUUUUCAGUUGAGCUGUUCAUUGUAGGUAGACGAGGACUGAACAAUGCUUAUCUCAUCCAGGUGUUAAAAAAAAGUUUAGUGAAUACUUUUAUUGGUUAAAAAGCAGGAUUUUCAGUUGAGUUACGUUUGCUUUUAAAUGCUUUUAUUUCCUAGUGGUUUUUACAUUGUUGAUUUUAUACAAAUGCACUGUUUCCGUUUUAGUUUAGACACCAUUAUCAGCAUUUAUUCCCUUGGUGCUGCUAGGGGAACGUUAAGACUACAUUCAAGGGAACUCUUUAUUUUGUUGUUGUUUACUUGUCUAUUUAAUUCAGGAGAGACAUUUUUUAAAAGAUGAAAUGACAUACCUCACAUCAUUAUGUGAACAAAGAUAUUCUGUGCUCAAAUCUGAACAGUUGUUUGGCUUUGUUCACUGCUCAGGUACAAAAAGAAAAAACAAAAACCAUGAAAUCUUUUUUUCUUCCCUAACCAGCCAAGAACCUGUAGCCUACACAUUAUUGUAAAGUUUGAAUUAAAUUUUAUCUAUUUUGAAAUAUGUCUCUAUUUUAUAGAAUUAAUGUUUUUAUAGGAUUUGUACAAAAAAUGAGGUUUUUAAGUUAUUCAUAUCCAUCUGCAUCAUUAUGUUGUAGGUUACCAUUGUGCUGUUUACGGAGUCUGAGGUCUCGAUUUAUGACCUGCUUACCUGUCUUGCCUGACACCCUGAAUCAUUCUUAUUCGUUUCCUCUUGUAGUCCACCAAGUUUACCAGAUCUUUCACAUUUACAAAGCAGUGCUUCCCUCAGCCAUGUGUUUUGUUCAGUAGUAUAGAAGUCAAAGAAUUGCUUUGAAUAUAUUUGGUUGACAAAAGGAGUUUUACAAGUUUCGGUCUGUUUAUCUCAGGUUUUGAUAAUCUUUGUUAAGACUACAGACCUCCACAUGAUUGUAUGAGGAAUGUUCAUAUAUGUAAAUCCAUCCCUACUUUAAAUGUACAUUUAUUUUCAGCCAAGUGAGGUCAAUAAAUACAAAGCUUGUCUGUCACAGUAACCACACAUGUACGAGGUGAAGGCAGCUGUCCCAGUAUAUGUGGCUUUUCUCUCAUAGGAGCACUAAAAGUUGUCUUUUUUCAUGUUCUACUAUACAUUAAUUUAUUUGUAAAGUAGGAACCGUCUCAUGUGAUUUGAUGUACUGUGAUGUUUCAACACAAGCUGGUUUCCAGGCUUCCACUAGAGAGUUCACUGUGUUAAAUAUUGCAUUCAUUAUCAACCAAGUUUGUAAAGCCUUUUUACCACAUAGUCUUCUGAGUAGAUUGCUCUCUCUCUCACCUGCUGUUUCCUGUACUUUUUCAUAGAAGAGAAAAUACUUUAACAAUACGAGUCCUUUUUAGAUAGCAUAUUUGUUAGCAACAUUUUUUUUAACCCAAAAAGAAGCCAUUGGUAUUGUAGCUACAUUUAAAACAACAGAAACCUCUCCUGGAAGGAAAUGUAGAAUUUCACAUCAAAAAUUAGUUUUUAGACUGGAAAAUAUUGUUGCUUUGUGACUUAUCCCUGUCUUUUUAUGGAAAAAAAAUAAAAUAUGCAUUAUUUUGCAUUUUGUU